AGUCCCAGCAACCUCACCUCUUGUACUGCCCACCGCCGACGGUCUUCACGCACCCGCUCGAGGGCACGCAGAGGGCCAACACUGCCUCUCCCUCACCACCACCGCCGUCGCAAUGUCGCUGAACGGGCUCGACGAUGCCAAAGUUGCCGAAGCAUACCAGGGCGCCUUGGCCGAGGCGGGUGGAUGGUUUCUGCUUAAGUACGCCUCGCGAGAUGCCGUCGAGGUGCUGACCCGUGGCACGGGUGGAGCUGCAGAAACUCGGGGAGCCGUAGCGCAGUAUGAGGAAAAGUCACCGCUGUAUGGCUUCUUGCUGUACCGGCGGCGGAAGGUAUUGAUCAAGUGCAUACCCGAGGGCACAUCGCGAUUGCUGCAAGCCCGCGUCGCCGUGCAUUUUCAAGCCGUCACAGAAAAGUUUACCCCUCAUGAUACCAUACUCUCCAUUACUUCUGGCGACGAGCUCAGCGAUGCUGCCCUCAUAUCCGCCUGCUCAUUGCACACCGCUGCACCCUCAAGCUGCUCGUCCAGCGGCUCGUCACGACGGAACAAGCUGGAUGAGAUCACCGAGGAUGUCGAGGAAGGACAGGGAACUCUAGUCGACGCCGUUUCUCCCCCACGACCGGCUACUGCUGCGUCGUCAAUACCCACGAUCAUUGAACCAACGAACGCCGAGGGCAAGAUCGAGACGAAGGUUCCAGAAAAGCCAGCCACAUCAGAAUCGCUCCCACCCCUCUCCACCCACAACGAGCCGAACGCCGCACAGGGUUCCAAUCCAACGCUUUCUCACGGAACUAUUGAGGCGGUGUCGGAGAGGAAUGAUCCUGAACUCAAGACGGAAAAUUAUCGAGACAGUCUGAAGCAUUAUGACGCCCUAUUCGAGCAUGGCCCUGAUCCGCGGCUCUCUUCCCAGACUACACGUCCAGCAUUAUCUGAUCUCUACUCAGAGCUCUACGCCCAGUAUAAACCGAAAGUGAAGUUAGGACCCCGGCCCAGGCCGUCACUGGACAGCAAACGACCGCAUACCUCUGGCAAUGGUGCUCAGAAUCCUGCGCGGCCCGUCUCCUCAUUGCCGGCUGGGCUCCGAGUCGCGAGCAGGAAGACCAUGGAACCAAGACGACCAAAAUCUAGGGACUCGAGCAUUGUGCCCAGCAUUGCCUUCCCUCCUCCACCACCAGUACCAAGUAUCCCGGACAUGCCAUUACCAUCACCAACAUAUCCGCCAAAGAGCCCCGCUAGCGUUCGAUCUAUGCCGAUUCAUGGUUAUGGUCACGGGUCGUCCGGAAUGACGCCGGAGAAGCGAAGGCUGAUGAAGGCUUUAGAACUCCGAAAGAAACAACUGAAGGCUCAAAAAGAGAGGGAGGAAAAGGAAGCGGAAGCGCUGUCUCAGGAGGCCAGCGCCGCUAGUGAUGACAGUGUCACCAAAAAAGAUGCUCAAGCCGCAGCUAACCCACUCAUGGAAACCGUGAAUGAAGAGGCUGGCCCCGUAGAUAACCCGGAGCAGGAGCCAGCUACGGCAUCAUACAAGAAUGAUGAACUGUCCUCAAAGCAGGAGGGGCCGAAUCUUGCCAGCAACCAGUCCUCAAAUUCCCCAGAAGAUUUGAGUGCGCACAUGACAAAUAGCCACACGGAAACUGAUGAUCAGCAUUCCGCUGCGUCGCCAUGCUCCCCAACAUCAGCCCAGACUCAAGGAUCUUCUGAUGCCCCAUCUACCAGGCCGUCAUCAAUAUCAGAAGAUGACCAGGUUGUCUGUGAAGCGAAUGAGAAGCCGGAAAGCAUUCAGAGCCUUCCCCAUCAAGGGAGUGACAAUGCUGCGGAAUUAUCGCAGAAUGAGGAUGAGAAGAAUUCAGUUGAAAGCUCUCCAACUGUGGUGCCUGAUACCGACUCCUCGGUUCCAAGGGUGGAGGUUACAGUCCAAUCGAGUGAGGAACCCCAAGGUUCUUCUACCCAGGACGACACUCUGGCCCGGAGAAAGAAUAGAGAAUCCAUGGUUCUCAUGACUCUUGGUGACCAGGGCGAUGCUCAUUCUCGGAAGUCGAAGCGAGAAUCGAUGAUCUUCUUUCCUUCCAAUGACCAAGCUCCACAUGACGCCUUAGCAAGCAAGAAGGAAAAGAGGGAGUCAAUGAUCCUAUCAGUUCCAAAAAGGAAGAGCUUCGUAGAGGUGAAAGAGAAGCGCCGGGUCAUGGUUGACCCGAUCCAAAUCCAUCUGAGUGCCGAAAACUCAGACGCAGAGUACCUUUCAGAUGAUUCGUUCAUGGAGGAACUGCAAAGCGCAAAACUUGAGGAAGCAAAGCCUGUAUCAGUGUCUAAAUCCCCCAUGUCACAGUAUUUCCCAAGGACAUCGUCAAUUUCCGAGGUUACCAUACCGGAAAGGUCAUCGUCAGCUCAGUACAAACCCGGCCGUCUCACCCCUGACCAAUUGGGAGAGCGCAAAUCCUCCGGAUCCUGGCUUCCGUACGCAAACACAGACAGUGCAGUAACAGCAAAGAAGAUCAACGUGUCAUCUGGUAUCUCGCAGCGGAUCAAGGCCCUAGCGGAGAAGUCCACUAGAGAUUCGUUAGUAUCUGUAAGUCCAAUUACGACUCCAGACGCCUCCCAUUCGAUUGUUGCGCAGCGCAAGUCAUCUUUCUUCUCAACUCCCCCAGCUGGAAAUUCUCCAAACGGGCUGCCCAUCAAACGUCUUAGCCGUGCUUCAUUCGCAACUUUGUCCAAUUCAACGACUCCUGACAGAAAACCUGUGUUGCAGCCAUCCCCUCCUAGUACCGAACAGACUAUGUACAAUGUCCAAAAGGAAUCUGAGAAGCCUCGAUCUGUUCAAGUAACAGCACGCAUUGUUCGAGACUCCCGUAUUCACAAGCCAAGUCUGGCGAUGCCAACGGAGAAUACGCCCCUGGAGCUACACCAGAGCCCGAUCAUCAUCGAUCAUCAGAAAUAUACACAGCCAACUUCUAGUACGAAGCCAAUUCCACCGAAGAUGGAACCUACUUCGCCACGGCCUCCAUCAUCGUCACACUCGAGGGAAGCUAGUGCUACAUCCGCGCUUCCACGGUCUUCGUCCGAGAGUAGUUGGAGAUCGUUCGGUCGGCGGCUAAGCGAGUCUAAGCCUUCCUCAGCUACACGUAGCCAAUCUACCCACAGCUUUGAAAGUUUGGACGACAAACGAGAAGAAAAGAAGGAUAAGAAGGAUUCGAGGACAAGUAAGCUCUUCAAGAGGAUGUCAUCUAUUUCCCGAAAGAACGGUGGGAUCAGCCCCGUAUUAGCAGAGGAAGACUAUCCCGCCACUAUGUUACCGUCUCUUCGCGAACCCCCUCCCGCUGUUCAAGUUGGAGAUCUCAACGUCCAAUUUCCUGACACUUUGCUGUGGAAACGAAGAUGGGUUGAGGUUGACAGCAUGGGGAAUCUCGUACUGAGCCUUUCGAGGGCAAAUGAGCAAUCCAAAGGCAUAAUCAAGCGAUUCCACCUCGGCGAAUUCCGGACUCCAUAUGCACCAGACCAGGACCGCCAAGAGCUACCAAACAGUGUCGUACUCGAUUUCAUCGAUGGUCGAACGCUCCAGUGCGCUUGUGAAACUUAUGUAGCCCAGAUUCAAGUCCUUCAAAUUCUGAGGGAAGCACACGAAGCCUGGCUCGCGUAUGGCCAAUUAGCAUGAACUGUCGCUACAACAAAUUCUAUCUCAUUCGCUCCGUCUUCCUUGCAGAACCUUCUGCAUUUUCUUUACCCGCCUUUCACAUACCCAAGACUUUUGUUUCUUCCCAUUCCAAUUGACGCAACUAUCUUUUCACCAAGAACACGACCGUACGACCAGCUGGACAGCCUUCUCUUUUGUUGAGUAAUGCAUCAGGACUGUAUAGUGAGGGGGUUUCAUUUGAUUUGGAUUCUUGCCAG